UCAGCAGUCACAAGACAACCACGGAGUAGAUCCAUCUGGCUCAAUCUCCCAGCAGCGCUGUUGCAGGUUUGUGUGUUAUGUGGGCUGUUCUACAGGCGCGGUGGCUGUAACGAACUUGGAACAUCUCUUGGGAUCUGGAUGUGUGAUAUUCGUCGAACUACGGCACUGUUGGCACUAAAUUUGCAAGAACUCUUCAGACUAAAGAAUACAAGUCUCGUGUGGGGGCGUUGCGCGCGGCUUUGUCUGUGCGUGGCUAAUGUUAUUGUCAGGCUAUCUAGCUGACUAGUCCAAGCAUCACAGUAGCAAGCUAGCAAGUCAAGAUUGUGUGGUUACAUCCGCGCUAGCUUGGCACUUUAGUGGGAGCUGGUGUGUAGGUGAUGUUCUCCGUACUUUCGUACGGUAGACUUGUUGCCAGAGCUGUCAUUGGCGGACUCUCUCAAACAGAUAGCCGUGACUACAGCCUGGUAACUGCAAGCUGCGGUUUUGGGAAAGAUUCUCGCAAGGGUAUCUUGAAGAAAGGGAUGUGCUACGGCGACGACGCUUGCUUUAUUGCCCAACAUAGAUCUGCCGAUGUUUUGGGUGUUGCAGAUGGAGUGGGGGGUUGGAGAGACUACGGGGUUGACCCAUCACAGUUUUCAGGGACCCUGAUGAAGACGUGUGAGCGGCUGGUAAAAGAGGGACGCUUUGUUCCAAGCAACCCAGUGGGCGUCCUCACAAGCAGCUACUAUGAGCUCCUACAGAACAAAGUGCCUCUGCUAGGCAGCAGCACGGCCUGUAUCGUGGUGCUGGACCGGCAGAGUCACAGGCUACACACAGCCAACCUGGGAGACUCUGGCUUCCUGGUGGUGCGGGGAGGAGAGGUAGUGCACCGCUCUGACGAACAACAGCAUUACUUCAACACCCCCUUCCAGCUCUCCAUCGCCCCGCCUGAGGCAGAGGGGGCUGUCCUUAGUGACAGUCCUGAUGCUGCAGACAGCUCCUCCUUUAACGUCCUGUUGGGGGACAUCAUUCUCACAGCCACAGACGGCCUCUUCGACAACAUGCCCGACUACAUGAUCCUACAGGAGCUGAAAAAACUCAAGAACACCAACUAUGAGAGUAUCCAGCAGACAGCCAGGAGCAUUGCAGAGCAGGCCCAUGUUCUGGCAUACGACCACAACUACAUGUCGCCUUUUGCACAGUUUGCCUGUGACAAUGGACUGAAUGUAAGAGGAGGAAAGCCAGAUGACAUCACUGUGUUGCUGUCAAUAGUGACAGAGUACACAGACUAGAGACUGUAUGGAGGCUAGGAGGAGGAAUAGAGGUUUCCUCUUGUCUGCCUCUUGAAGAUGUCAGACAGCUUUGGUUCCUGCUGGCGGGGAUUAAGGAGUGAUGUUGGUGGCUGAGCUGUCCUCCUGAGACCAGCAUUCCUCCAGGACUCAAUCAGGCUCAUCUCUCCGAUGGAACACUUGACAAUACAUGCACUGACUUCACCAUCACAACUGAGUGUUAAUCUUUAAUAGCCUGAAGACAUGGAUGAAUAAAGCAGAGGGUUGUUCUGACACCUCUCUGCUAGGCUACCUGCUGCAAAGUAUCUAUCUUGGAAAAUGUCCAGUUGUCAUUGACCUAAUCCCUGUUCAGUGGGAUAAAGGACGUAGUCGUGUUGAAGAUGAAACUCUGGCUCUCACAUGAUAGGGAUAAGUCUGUUAUUUUGGCCUUUAAAACAAAGCCCAGAAGGUAGAGAUUAAGAAAUGAGGUCAAGAGUAGCCAGUCAAAAGGUGAUUGAGUCAGGAAUUAAAAUCUGUGGAUCAUGCCAGUGAGUGUUAAUCACAGGAACUGAGCUGAUUCAAGACAGUAAGUAACCUCAGCAUACUAUACUUUAAGAGAGCGGCUCUCCAGUUAGGCUGGUCUGUGACUCACUGACACCUGUCCCGGUCAGAAGAAUAAGGCAACCUCACAGAGAGUUAUCCACAAUAGAGAACUUUAGUUCCAGAGGACAUAUGAGAUGGAUGUGGUUCUGUACAGAGAAGAGAUGGGAAUGAAUAUACUGUACAUAAUAAACACAGCAGGAGAAUAAAGGAGUAAUAGCACGAGCAAUAAUAUUGACUGUAUAAGGAGAUGGUGACAUAAGCAAAGGACUGUAUAACACAUAGCAUCAACUACUAUUAACAACUAGUAAUAGUAACAACCAACAGUAAAUCCUCAAGUUUCAAUAACAUCACUCACUCUUGUCCACUUGGAGAGAGACUGAGGAGGCUCUGACCUGAGCAGGCAGAAGGACUGUCAGGUGUCCUACCCUCUAGCAACCUAUUGGUGGCCUGGUAGCAGAGGUCACUGGGUUUGGGGAGACAGUUUAUGAACCCCUAGUCUCUCUGGCACCAUCAGGGAUGGGUGGAGUGAGCUGCAUAAAGUUAUAAAACUCACAGGCAGGAGAAUCCGUAAGAUAUACCAUCAAGUCUGAAUAAUAAGGCCAUGAAAAAUGUCACUUUCAGUGACUCAGAUUAAACCAAAUCUAAUUAAUACAAAAAAAGGUAAAUUGAAGGGUGACAUUUUUAUGCAGGCAUAAGGGCAUGCGUCAAUGUGAUGUGAAUGGAUGUUGUUGAAAUGUUUUGGUAGAUUUUUGGGCAAGGGACUGUAUGUGAUAUUUUAAGUUGUUUGACUGAUCUAAUGGGUUGUAUGGAAACCAGGUGCAGUUGCUGCAUACUUUGCCAUAUCAGUUUCUGACCUGUUUCACUGGAUGUGUUACUUUGUCCCAGACCUGCUGUUUUCAACUAUUUUUCUCUCUCUCUCAACCUCUGAAUGCUCGGCUAUGAAAAGCCAACUGAUAUUUACUCCCGAGGUGUUAUACUGUUGCACCCUCUAUAACCACUGUGGUUAUCUGACUGCUGGUCAUCUAUGAACGUUUAAACGUUGUUAAGAA